AUGGACAUCCCGUUUUUUGAUGGAAAAUUGCACAUAGAGGAUUUUUUGGAUUGGGAACGUGCUGUGGAGACGUUCUUUGAAUACAUGGAUGUUCCUCGGGAUAAGCAGGUGAAAUAUGUUGCUUGUCGAUUGCGUGGUGGUGCGAGUGCGUGGUGGCAACAAUUGUUGCAGACUCGGCACCGGGAGGGAAGAGGCAGCGUCCGGAGUUGGGCUAGGAUGAAGCAACUCCUGCGGAGUCAUUAUCUCCCUACGGAUUAUGACCAAAUCCUUUACAUGAAGUUUCAGCAGUGCACACAAGGGCAGAGGAGUGUGAGCGAUUACACUGAGGAGUUCUACCGCCUCAGCGCCCGUAACAACUUGAACGAAUCGGCAAAUCAAAUUGUAGCUCGCUAUGUUGGAGGGUUGAAGGAACCCAUCCAAGACAAGCUUGAAUUGAAUUCUGUAUGGUCUCUUUCCCAGGCGGUAAACUUUGCACUCAAAGCUGAAAUGCAGCUAAAUCGGCAGCUCCGCUCCGCACCGCAACGCCGCUUUUUGGGCGAUUCUGUUUCCUCGGAUAAUAGGGGUCAGGGACCCAAUCAGAGCAGCAAUUCCAAGGUUCCCCCUAAGGCUUCAACAGCAACUACACCGCCUCAGCAAACUGGAGACAACCGGCAGGUUAAUCGGAUGAAAACACCAAGUCGGGACAACCCAUACGGGCGGCCAACCACAUUGAAGUGUUUCAGAUGCUUCCAACCAGGCCACAAGUCCAACGAAUGUCCGAAUCGCCAGCAGGUACAACUUCUGGAAGGGGAAUCGGAACAUUUUACCACCACGGCUGAAGGCGAGGAUGAUGAAGAUUAUGAGGAGGUAGCUGGGGAUGAAGGGGAGCCGGUUGUGUGUGUUCUCCAGAAAUUGCUUCUUACACCUAAUCAUAACACAAAAACUCAACGCAACGCAAUCUUCAAAUCAAAAUGUACAAUCAAGGGGAAGGUAUGUGACCUACUAAUUGACAAUGGAUGUACAGAGAACAUUGUCUCCAAGGCCUUGGUCAAUGCGUUGCAACUCAAAACUACAAAAAACCCAAAUCCUUAUAGGAUUAGCUGGGUUAAAAGGGGCAUCGAUAUCCAAGUAUCGGAGAUGUGUCGGGUAAAUUUCUCCAUUGGAAAACAUUACAACAGUGAAGUACUUUGCGACGUUCUCGACAUGGACGUGUGCCAUUUAAUCCUGGGGAGACCUUGGCAGUUCGACACUGGUGUGAUUUAUGACGGGCGCGCUAAUGCCUAUGCCUUUGAAUGGAAGGGGCGAAAACUCAAAUUGCUGCCUACUGUGUUACGCCCAGCUAAUGAAGAUGCAGACCGAAAACCAGCACUGUGCAUUGUCUCGGGAAAUUCUCUCCUGAAAUCUGGCCGAGAAGCGAAGGCUGUUCUGGCAGUUGUCGUGGCCGAGGAAAACCAGAAUGUCACUAUGGUAAAUCAUCCUCCUGAGUUACUACAGAUUCUGGAAGAAUUCGCUGAUACCAUUCCUAACAGCCUACCCAGCGAAUUGCCGCCUGAAAGGUCAGUUCAACAUCAGAUUGAUUUCGUACCUGGGGCUAAUCUACCGAACUUGCCUCAUUAUAAAAUGAGCCCGGCGGAACACAAGCAAUUGCAGAAUAUAGUGGAUGAUUUAUUGGACAAGCAGUUGAUUCAACCGAGCCUAAGCCCGUGCGCAGUACCAGCCUUGUUGGUUCCAAAGAAAGACGGGUCGUGGCGAAUGUGUAUUGAUAGCAGAGCUAUCAAUAAGAUCACCUUGAAGUAUCGGUUUCCAGUACCAAGGCUUGAAGAUAUGCUAGACUAUUUGGCAGGAGCUACAGUAUUUUCAAAGCUUGAUUUGCGCAGCGGGUACCAUCAGAUCCGCAUUCGGCCUGGCGACGAGUGGAAGACUGCUUUUAAAACUCGCAACGGCUUGUUUGAAUGGCGUGUCAUGCCAUUCGGGUUGUGCAAUGCACCGGCUACAUUCUUGAGGCUGAUGUCCGAGGUCCUAAAACCGCUUCUGGGGAAGUGUUGUGUCGUCUACUUCGACGAUAUACUGGUGUUUAGCUUGUCCAUGGACGAGCAUUGGAAGGAUUUAAAGGCUGUCCUUGAGUUGCUGCGUCAACAUAAGUUGUACCUGAAUAAGGCAAAGUGUGAGUUGGCCACUUCCUCAGUGCAUUUCCUUGGCUAUAUAGUGUCGGCGGAUGGCGUGGGGAUGGAUCCAAAUAAAAUCAGUGCCAUUCAACAGUGGCAACGGCCGAGUACCUUAACUGAAGUCCGCAGUUUCCAUGGCUUAGCAAAUUUCUACCGAAGAUUUAUUCGCGGAUUUAGCAUAAUUAUGGCACCGAUCACUGAUUGUUUGAAGGCUAGUUCGUUCAAGUGGGGAGAAGAGCAGCAACGGAGCUUCGAUACCCUUAAAGCGGCACUCACAGAAGCCCCCGUCCUUGCAGCUCCUAAUUUUAGCAAGCCAUUUCAUGUGGAUACUGACGCUUCUGCGGUGGGAAUUGGUGCCGUUCUGUCUCAAGAGGGACGGCCCGUAGAGUUCUUUAGCGAGAAGCUAAGUUCAGCCCGACAAAAGUGGAAUUUCGGCUGCCAAUCUGGAUCAGAUUACCGUGGCUUACGCUCUGUAAUUGCUGGAACGUCAAGACUAAGUAUUGCUGAUUUCUCUCAGGUAUUGGAUCACCUUUAUACCUUGAAUGGUAAUACGUUUCGCGUGGAUGCAAGCGGAUAUUUGCUCGAGUUUUGCGUCAAGAAAUUUACUUGGAGAAGAAACUGCCAAAAUGGGAGUUUGGGUUGA